AUGACCGACUCAAAAGAAGCCCUGCUCUCCAACAUGGACGACCUAACCCAAGACCCACCCCCAGCCUACCACCAACCCAAACAAACCCGCCUUCCACGCCCACCACCGCUAGGCCUCCCCGUCCUAAACAGCCUCCGCAACCGCCGCGUAAUCCUAGCCUCUCAAUCCCCGCGCCGGCGCCAAAUCCUCUCCUUCCUAGGCCUUCCAAACCUAGAAAUCAUCCCCUCAAAUGCAGACGAAGACCUACCCAAAAGCCUCGGGCCCUUUGAAUACGUACUAGCAACAGCAACAAAGAAGGCCCAAGCAGUCUACGCCCAAGAAAUCAACAACGAAACCGCCGGCGAACCAGCCCUAAUCAUCGCCGCUGACACAAUAGUCGUCGAUCCGUCAACCGGGUCAAUCCUCGAAAAACCCCGCUCAGAAGCUCACCACAUGACAAUGCUCCGUUCCCUCCGCGACGUGCGCGAUCAUAAGGUCUUCACUGCGCUAGUCGCCAUGGCGCCGCUCGCUUCAGCCCGGGACCCUGGGUAUGCGCUCGAGAGUACGGUUGAGGAGACGGCUGUGCGGUUUGAUGGGGAUGUCACUGAUGAAUUGAUUAUGGCUUAUGUGCGCACCCGUGAGGGCGCGGAUAAGGCGGGGGGUUAUGGCUUGCAGGGGCUCGGGAGUAUUCUUGUUGAGAAGGUUGAUGGGAGUUAUGAUAAUGUUAUUGGGAUGCCGCUUAAGGCUACGCUUAAGCUUAUCGAGACUGUUAUGGCUAAGGCGGAUGAUGAGGAGGGGUUGCCUGAGGAUGGGGAGGAGAGUGAUGAGUUGGAGUGA